AUGAAUAUCGUUAAAUUACAAAGAAAAUUUCCAAUUUUGACUCAAGAGGAUCUUUUUGCCACAAUUGAAAAGUUCAGAGCUAUUGACCUGGAUGACAAAGGGUGGGUUGAAAAACAGCAAGCUUUGGAGGCGGUGUCCAAAGAUGGAGAUGCCACUUAUGACGAAGCAAGAGAAACUUUAAAACAUGUCGGUGUGGAUGCGUCAGGUCGUGUCGAAUUGGACGAUUAUGUAGGAUUAAUCGCCAAAUUAAAAGAGUCUAAAACAGGAGCUGCUCCACAGACAACCUUCAACGUUGCACCUAAUUCAGCCCCUAUUGUUUCCGCUCCCAACACUGCACUGCAGCGUAAGGGUGAGGGUGCUCAAGCAAAGAUUAUCGUUGCCGGUUCCCAAACAGGCACCACCCAUACUAUUAAUGAAGAAGAAAGACGUGAAUUUACCAAGCAUAUUAACAGUGUCCUGGCGGGAGACCAAGAUAUUGGUGAAUUGCUUCCAUUUCCCACUGAUACUUUCCAAUUAUUUGACGAAUGUAGAGACGGGUUGGUGUUAUCUAAAUUAAUCAACGACUCUGUUACGGAUACUAUUGAUACAAGAGUUUUGAACUGGCCCAAAAAGGGUAAGGAAUUGAAUAACUUCCAAGCUAGCGAAAAUGCAAACAUUGUUAUCAAUUCCGCAAAGGCUAUUGGUUGUGUUGUUGUCAACGUUCAUUCUGAAGAUAUUAUUGAGGGUAGGGAACACUUAAUAUUGGGUUUGAUAUGGCAAAUCAUCAGAAGAGGCUUGUUGAGUAAGAUUGACAUUAAGUUGCAUCCAGAAUUAUACCGUCUAUUAGAAGAAGACGAAACUUUGGAACAGUUCUUGAGAUUGCCUCCAGAGCAGAUUUUAUUACGUUGGUUUAACUAUCAUCUGAAGCAGGCUAACUGGAACAGAAGAGUUACCAACUUUUCUAAAGAUGUUUCUGAUGGUGAAAAUUACACUAUUCUACUGAACCAGUUAGACUCUACUUUGUGUUCAAAGGCUCCAUUACAAACUGCUGACUUGAUGGAAAGAGCUGAGCAAAUUUUACAAAACGCUGAAAAAUUGGAAUGUAGAAAGUACUUAACUCCAAGUUCUUUGGUUGCCGGGAACCCAAAGUUAAAUCUGGCUUUCGUGGCCCAUUUGUUCAACACCCACCCUGGAUUGGAACCUAUUCAAGAAGAGGAAAAACCCGAAAUUGAGGAGUUUGAUGCUGAAGGUGAAAGAGAGGCAAGAGUCUUCACUUUAUGGUUGAACUCAUUGGAUGUUGAUCCGCCCGUUAUUUCUUUGUUUGACGAUUUGAAGGACGGUUUGGUAUUAUUGCAAGCUUAUGAAAAGGUCAUGCCGGGCGCAGUUGAUUUCAAACAUGUCAACAAAAGACCAGCUUCAGGUGCGGAAGUGUCCAGGUUCAAGGCGUUAGAAAACACCAACUACGCUGUUGACUUAGGCAGAUCGAAGGGAUUUUCUUUAGUCGGUAUCGAAGGAUCUGAUAUUGUAGAUGGUAAUAAAUUGUUGACUCUAGGGCUUGUGUGGCAAUUGAUGCGCAGAAAUAUUUCAAUUACUAUGAAGACAUUAUCUUCAAGCGGCAGGGAUAUGAGCGAUUCUCAGAUAUUGAAAUGGGCACAGGACCAAGUAAUUAAAGGUGGCAGAAGCUCUACUAUUAGAUCAUUUAAAGAUCAAGGUCUAUCGAAUGCGCACUUCUUACUAGACGUUUUAAACGGAAUUGCCCCAGGUUAUGUUGAUUAUGAUAUGGUCACUCCUGGUAACACUGAGGAAGAAAGGUAUGCUAAUGCAAGAUUGGCUAUUUCUAUCGCUAGAAAACUAGGUGCUUUGAUUUGGCUAGUACCUGAAGAUAUCAACGAAGUCCGUGCAAGACUGAUUAUUACUUUUGUGGCUUCGUUAAUGACUUUGAACAAAUGA